AUGCCGCCGAGCAAAGACGCUGCAAAGCACGAAUGCGUUUCUGAGGAUGCGCUCCAGCAUCUGAAGACGUACAAAUACUCGAGCGUCGACAAAUCCUUCAUCUCCCGCUACAUCCUUAAACACUACUGGAAUGGCUUCGUGGAGCUGCUCCCCAUGUGGAUUGCGCCCAACUUGGUCACGUUACUAGGCUUCUUCUUCAUCCUUGGGAACGUUGCGUUGCUAGAAUUAUACGUGCCGGAUCUGGUCGGACCGGCACCAUCAUGGGUAUACUACAGUUUCGCGUUCGGUAUGUGGAUGUACUCCACCAUGGACAACGUCGACGGCAAGCAAGCGCGCCGCACCGGAACCUCGAGCCCGCUUGGAGAGCUCUUCGACCAUGGGAUAGACUCUCUCAACUGCACACUCGCUAGUCUCUUGGAGACUGCAGCUGUUGGAUAUGGCUCAACCAAGAUUGGCGCCUUCACUGCUCUUGUGCCGGUACUGCCUAUGUUCCUGUCCACUUGGGAGACUUACCAUACACAUACGCUGUAUCUUGGAUAUUUCAACGGUCCUACAGAGGGAUUGAUCCUCGCGUGCACCUUCAUCUGCAUGUCCGGCUACUUUGGUCCUGAGAUCUGGUCGACUCCUCUGGCACGCUACUUCCCAUCCUACAAGGCAGAGAUCGGCAAUGUCACUCUAAAGGAGCUGUGGAUUCCUAUCAUUUUGUUCGCGUUCUUCGUUGCCCACGUGCCAGCCUGUCUGGUGAACGUUGCGAAAGCACGCCGUUCCAGGAACCAGCCUUUCCUCCCGACUCUCUACGAGUGGACACCCUUGAUUAUUUUCACGGCAUGCACUAUGGCAUGGCUUGGAUCCCCAUACUCGCACUUGCUCGAAGAUAACCACCUGGUAUUGUACUGUCUGACGAUGUCCUUGGUCUUUGGGCGCAUGACGACUAAGAUCAUCUUGGCCCAUCUUACUCACCAACCGUUCCCAUACUGGACGAUCAUGCUCGCACCCAUGAUUGGAGGCGCUUUGCUCGUCAACCACCCAUACUUCACCAUUCCUGGCACGACCUUCGGACCCUUGUCUGCGAGAACCGAGUUGUGGUACCUCCGCGCGUACUUCGUCUUUGCCGCUGUCGUGUACGGCCGCUGGGCUCAUCUCGUUAUUACAAGCAUCUGCGACUACCUGGGCAUCAACUGCUUGACCAUCCCCAAGCAGACAAGAGAGAAGAAUGCCAAAAUCAACGGCGUUGCCAAUGGUACCUACCCCGAGAAAGGUCGUACAGAUUAA